AUGGGCUCUCUCCUCCCGCUGCCCGAACGCUUUCCCUCCGCCGCCCUUGCAGAAGAGAAGCAGGCGGAGGAGGAAGAAACCACGGCAGCCGGCGGCGGACUUGAAGAGGGGAAUGUUCCUGCUCUCGCAGGUACAGGCCGAUGGAGGAUUUCCGCCCCAGGAGAGGGAGAGGAGGUCGCCGCUCCUGCGAGGGCGGAUGAAAUUGGGGCUUCGUCGGGGGAAGAGAUAUUCUGUGCUCCUGAGGUGGAGGAGAAACUUGCAGACGUAAAACAGAUGGAGGAAGCUGGCGAUCGAGAGACAUUCAUACCGAUUCUAAGAGUGGGAAGAGAAGUCACUCCGCUCCCUGAAGGAGAGGAACUGUUGGAAGAAACUUUCCCUCCAGCAGACUGCUCAGUUUUGGCUGUGUCUACGGUGAAGCUAAGCGUUCUCAUAGAGUCUUCUAGUUCGAGCUCAGAGCCUACUUCUUCAACCGAGGAGCAAUCAUCAUUUCCAGCUGAAGUGGAGUCGGUUGUAUCUCAAUCGAGGGAUGAUAAGGUUAGUAUUAGCGUUCCUUACAUCCAGCGUAUACUUGCUCGGCUGAUUUCUUACCUUGUUAAUCUGUCUGAAAAGGCUCGCACGUCCGAAAGUCAACUGGCAAUGAAUUCAGCAGAAUCAUAUGACUAUUUUACUGCCAACCAUUGAGGAGGACUAUGCUAAGAUAAUCCGUUAGGAUCUACAGUGUUAGCAAUAUGAAGGGAUAGCCAGAAGCCUAGAGAUCAAUUUUGGAGUCAUCUAGUUCUAAAGCAUAUUGGGCUUAGCGGGCUAUAUCGAAAAGUCAGAUAAUUAUUUUACGAACUAAUGCUGGUGAGAAAUUAAUGGAAUUCCUGUCGGUUGAUCCGUCUGCAAUAGUUUUGGUGAAGUUUCCAUCUUUUAUGGUUUGAAUUAAAGUUUAGUCUUUUUGGUUAUCCUUUUUUUUAUUAUGUUGUUAUUUUCGAAGCACACUAAAGAUGAUGAAAAGUGGAGAACCCCCCCACCCCCCCCUCCCCCCAAAUGGAAGUAUUGUUUGUGGUUGGAACAGUCUAAGAGGACUAAACUGAUUCUAACUAUUCAAGGAUCAAUUCUUCAGAACUAUUAGACCAAUGAUUUGCUCAAGGAUCUGUUAUCUCCAUAAUGGAAUUCUCAAUUUUUAUUUUUGUUCAUUAACUUCUACUAAUACCGUUAAUCCAUAGUUUAUUUUUUGAAUAUCAAUGUCUCAGAUUUCAAUGCGCAGACAGUUUUGUCAACGAAUAUUGACUUCUUCUCGGGGUCUCUGAUGCAUCAAUAUUUCUAUUUUCGUCAAUAAAACAAGAAACUCCAUGCCUUUUCAUGCAGGGCUUGGCCACAGAGGAGACGAUAUGGAAGCAGAUUGAUGCGAUUCGGAUGAUAGCUGGCUCCAAUAGGCCCCCACAGCCCUCAUGCGUAGAGGAAGUCAAAGCUCUAUAUCUGUUUGUGGGCAUCGAGCCCCCGAUCUCGUUUGAAGAAUGCUCCGAUCUUGAGAACGUUGACGACAAACUCCAGUUCCUCAAGUCCAUAAUUGGAGUGAAAUAA